AUGGGUUGGAUGCGGAAACAUGAUGAAUCCUCCGACAGUUCUUCGUUCGGUGAAAUUAGCGAAUUCUUUGAAAACUCAAACCCUAGGUCCGGCGAUCGAUGUGCCACGAGGAGGGUCGUCAAAUCGCAGUGCCGCACAGAAGAGGUGGAGCCCGGAAAAUUCGUCCGAAAGUGCGACAAAACUGAGCAAAUCUUCAAGGAUUGCGUUGGAAGGCCCUCUGAAGUGGUGCAAUCCAAUGAAGAAUACACUGAAGAAGAAGUUACAGAGCAGAUGAUGAAAGGUUCUUUUCACAUGGACUCAAUAGAGCUUGGGCCAUUUAAAUUUCCUGGGCCUCGUUGUGAUGUUGAAACCAUUGAACGUAGCUUCUUUGGUGGCCUUAGCCGUUUCUUCGAAGCAGCUGACGAGAUGACAAAUGGUUUCUUCAGUGUAUUUGGGGCUCCCCACAUAUUUGAUGGGGAUUCUUCAUCCUCAACACCUAAUAGGAGGGGAACACCCACUGAGCGCCAUGCUCCUGAAGAAGCCUCUCCUAAAAUGAAUAAUGCUGAUGGAGCUGUCAAUAUUUCUGGAUUGGCCCGAGAUGUUUGA